AUGUCAGCAAAACGCCCGAUGGACAGUUUCCCCGUCACUGAUCCCGCAGUGGAUGUGAGGGAUGCUGACGCUGUUAUUUGGAGGAGAGAAUGUUUGUCUGUGAUGCCUGGCGAUGAGACCUCUUCGUGGUGUCUGGACACGCUUCCCACGAACACGACAGAUGCGAGGGACCCGGAGGAUACAUAUCUGAUUGCUGCCUUGCAUGCGGCAUUGAGGUGUCCCGGCAUGCAGGUGCGUCUUAGAGUGGUCGAAAAGGGUAACGUCCGUUGGGUAUCAUGCACGGACGGGGCGACGAUUACGUGGGCCACUCGACCGUACGAUGAGGGAAACGCCAUUCGCCGUGACCACGCGGAGGCGUGCAGGAUAUCCGCCACUGCCGGCAGCCUACUUCCAGUGGUUCCGUGUGAUGGCGAGGAGAGAGCGUGUGGAGCAGGACGGUUCCACCGGCAUCUACUGAACAAGGAUUGCGAGGGGCAUCCGUCCCUGUUGCGGAGAGCAUUGAGACCGGCCGCGGCACCCCACCGAAGGAUGUUGACUCGGCUGCACCGCAGAAGAUUCCGUCGCCCGAGGAGAGGCAGUCGCCCCAGAUGCUCCGACGGCAACGGGGUGAUCUCACCCAGCGACACUGCGGGUGCGCCGCAGGAGGCUUUGAAGAAGAGCGAUCUUCCGUGCAACGACGAUGUCGCCGCCGAUGGUGUGACGUCUGUUGUGGGACAACCGGCAGGAGAUGGAGCCGCCAGCGACAGGGCCGGUGGCGGUGCCACAACCACGGGACCCAAGGGCCCUGAUGCUGCGCAGGGCGCCGUGGACCCUCCGCCGAGCGAUGAUGAUGCAGCGGUGGGUGCGGAGAUCUGGAGGCAGACCUGA